UUGAAUUUUAUUUUAGUGUGGUAACAUUAAUAAGUGAGUGUUCUUUCGUCGUGUGCCGGUUUCCUCAGAUUUUCGGCUCCCAUAUUUAUCUUUACCUUGAAUUUAAGUUAGAACACUAAUACAAGAUGCAUACCGAACCGAUGUUACAACUUAUACAAAUAUUGGAAAAGACAAUAUCUCCCGAUCGAAAUGAGUUGGAAGCAGCAGAGAAAUACCUUGACCAUGCAGCAGCCACAAACUUCACAGCAUUCAUCAAGAUGCUGUCAGAUGUGCUGGCACAGGGUGGCAACAGUCAGGUGGCGCGCAUGGCGGCCGGCCUGCAGCUCAAGAACCACCUCACAUCCAAAGAUGCCUCACUCAAGCAACAGUACCAGCAGAGGUGGCUUGCCCUACCAGAUGAAACUAGGCAAUAUAUUAAGAAAAAUAUCCUGUUAGCAACUGGCACUGAAGACACCCGACCCAGUUCUGCGGCGCAGUGUCUUGCAUAUGUGGCGGUGGCUGAACUCCCGGUGGGCCAGUGGAAUGACCUUAUUCCCAACUUGGUGGAAAAUGUUGUUAAUGCCCAAUCUACUGAACUAAAGAAGGAAGCCACUCUAGAGGCCAUUGGGUAUAUUUGCCAAGAUAUUGAUGCUGAAGUGCUGACAGAGCAGAGUAACCACAUCCUAACAGCCAUUAUCCAUGGCAUGCGGUCCACUGAGCCCAGCAACCAUGUGCGACUGGCCGCCACCCAGGCUCUGCUCAACUCACUUGAGUUCACUAAGGCUAACUUUGACAAGGAAAAUGAGAGGAACUUCAUUAUGGAGGUUGUGUGUGAGGCUACACAGUCAACUGAUAUGAGGAUAAGUGUAGCAGCACUGCAGUGUUUAGUCAAAAUUCUAUCGUUAUACUACCAAUACAUGGAGCCAUACAUGGGCCAAGCACUGUUCCCCAUCACCCUGGAGGCGAUGAAGUCGGAUGUUGAUGACAUAUCACUGCAGGGCAUUGAGUUCUGGUCCAACGUCAGUGACGAGGAAAUCGACCUCGCCAUUGAGGAAGCUGAGGCUGCGGAUGCGGGUCGUCCCCCAGUACGAACCUCGAGGUUUUACGCGAGAGGUGCUCUACAAUACUUAGCACCGGUGCUAAUGCAAAAGCUCACUAAACAAGAUGACACUGAUGAUGAAUUGGAUUGGAAUCCUUCAAAGGCUGCCUCGGUCUGCCUAAUGCUCCUAUCCAACUGCUGCGAAGACGAAAUUGUUCCACACGUCCUGCCUUUCAUAAAUCAAAAUAUCAAACAUGAGAAUUGGCGGUUCAGAGAAGCCGCCCUAAUGGCCUUCGGUUCAAUAUUAGGCGGCCUUGAAUCGAAUACUCUCAAACCCCUGGUCGAGAAGGCCAUGCCGACCCUCAUCGAGGCCAUGUACGACUCCAGCGUCGCCGUGCGGGACACGGCAGCGUGGACCUUCGGAAGGAUUUGCGAAAUCGUUCCAGAGGCAGCUAUCAAUGAAACUUAUCUCAAACCCCUGCUAGAGAGUCUCGUCAACGGACUAAAGGCUGAACCUCGUGUCGCGGCAAACGUGUGCUGGGCAUUUACCGGAUUGGCCGAAGCCGCGUACGAAGCCGCAGACUGUGGCGACUCUAACCAACCUAAAACUUACUGUAUGUCAAAAUACUUUGACUUCAUCAUUGAACGUCUCUUGGAGACCACUGACCGUCAGGACGCCGCCCAACACAACUUGAGAUCGGCCGCCUAUGAGGCGCUCAUGGAGAUGGUCAAGAACUCUCCCUCGGAUUGCUAUAUCACCGUACAAAAGACGACGAUGGUUAUUUUGGAGCGACUGCAACAAGUCUUGCAGAUGGAGAAUCAUAUUUCCAGCCAAGCGGACCGCUCGCAAUUCAACGACUUACAGAGCCUUCUGUGCGCGACUCUUCAAUCCGUUUUGCGAAAAGUGACCCCUGAAGAUGCGCCGCAAAUAUCUGAUGCCAUCAUGACUGCGCUUCUCACUAUGUUCGCGAGCAACGCCGGCAAGGCUGGCGGCGUGCAAGAGGACGCCCUUAUGGCCGUCUCUACCCUAGUCGAGGUGCUAGGAGAAGGCUUCCUAAAAUACAUGGACGCCUUCAAAAGAUAUCUUUAUGUUGGACUUAAGAAUCACCAGGAAUAUCAAGUAUGCAUAGCUGCUGUUGGAUUAACUGGAGAUAUUUGCAGAGUACUUAAGAGUAAGGCACUCCCCUACUGUGACGAGAUUAUCCUGUUGCUUCUGGAGAACCUCGGCGACCCGACCAUCCACCGCUCGGUGAAGCCGCAGAUCCUGUCCGUGUUUGGAGACAUUGCUCUGAGCAUUGGACCUGAUUUCGCCAAAUACUUCGAUGUCGUCAUGCAAAUGUUGCUGCAGGCCAGCAACGCCCAAGUGGACCGUAACGACUUCGCCAUGGUGGAGUACCUGGGCGAGCUGCGCGAGAGCGUGCUGGAAGCGUACACCGGCAUCAUUCAGGGCCUGAAAGGAGCAGGCGGAGAGGUGCGCGCGGACGUGGCGCUGGUGGAGCCGCACGUGAACGCGAUCGUGAACUUCAUGAUGGCGGUGGCGGUGGAGCCGGAGCGCACGGACGCGCACAUGUCGGCGGUGGCGGGGCUGGCGGGCGACCUGUGCGCGGCGUUCGGCGCGCGCGUGCUGCCGGUGCUGGAGCAGCGGCCGCUGCUCGACCUGCUGGCGGCCGCGCGCCGCUCGCGCACGCCGCGCACCAAGACGCUCGCCAACUGGGCCACCAAGGAGAUCCGCAAGCUCAAGCAGCAGGCGCCGCCCGCCAGCUGUUUGUCGACGUCGUAUGCCUACGGUGAAGUCUCCGCGAGUCCAGUGCGCGUAUAGUCGAUUUGAAAAAACGCUAUGUAAAAGCGACGUAACGCAGUUUCAAACCACCUGCUGCUGGUAAACAACUCAAAUGUAUGUCAGGUUAUGUAUAGCGUCUUUGGUGUCAUUAUUCAUAAGUCGUUAGGUGCAUUCGAUUCCGGGCUUUUCUCUUCCGGUAUAAUUUCACUAGACUGCAUGCUAUUUUGGGGAAUUAAGUCUUAUAAGCUGAUUGUGUGCGCUCAAUACCUAAUAGUAAGACAGUGCACUUAAUGGAGUUAAAAAAGCUAAUUUCUCAGUUUAGCCGUCGCCUUCUAGGAUCCUAAAACCUAAACUGGGUCCUAAGUUUUUUAAUAUUGUUGCCCUUAUGAAAUGAUCUAUUCGGAAGAUUUACCUUAUCAGGCGAUUGCUCACAGGAAAUAAAAGUUAAAUAUUGCAUCUAUCCUGUCACCUUUUAUAUCAGAAUCAGAACAGAAUAAGCGGCACAAGUUUUAUAUUUGACCACUCAACUGCUUUUUUAACUCCAUUGCCUAAUUGUAACAUUUUAGUAUUAAUACGGAAGUUAUUUCAGCGUCGAUUGUUUUAAUAACGUAGAUUAUAUCAAUGACUAUUGUAAAAAAAAGAAACACGAGAAAAGUAGUUUAGAUUUAUUUAUAUAAGCAAUCAGUUAUUUAUAAAUGGUUACUGGUAGUGACGUUUUUUUUUAAACCGUAAUGUUUAAUGCGUAGUAGUUUUUUUUUUGUUGCCUUUACUAACACUGCUUUCUCUGUUUCUUAUUUUGUCUAGUUUGUCAGCUAUUUAAAUAAAUGACGAGUAAGCAUAGGGAAGCAACAAUGGCAUGCCGGUUCAUUUAAAAUGCCGAUUGUGAUGGGUGAGGGAAGGGAACUACCCUAUGUUAAUUUUUUUCCUGUAGUGUAUUUUCUAUCAUCUCGUAACACUAUACUUAAGUAAGCUCUAGCGAGUUUUAUACCCCUACAAAGUAUGCAGAUGACAUUAUAUCCGGAUUUAAUUUAUAGUAGUAAAUGAUAUCAAGUCGGUAAAUGAUCGACAAAUGCCUGCGAACAAUGCACCUGGCGCGGUUUACUAUUCGGAGUAAUUUAAGUACGCCUGACUAUAGUAAUCUUUCCAUGUUAAUCUUUAAAGCAUUUUUCCUAUUUGGUAUUUUAAAUACAGACAGUGGCUGUGGUAUGUUUACUUAUGUGAGAAAAAAGUGAUAGUGAAUUUAAUUUGAAAGCGCGACAGUAUGACAGAGGACGAAUGUUAUUUUAGGCAUGCACAUGUGCAAGGGAUUAUGAAUUUUAUAAAUUUAUUACUAAUUGUGUUUUGUAACAGUGCGAAAAGACGUAUGAAUGAUCGAGAAUGCACGUAAAAGGAGACGAAUGGAUGAUUAUCACAGAUCUUUUGUAAACUAAGGCAUGUGUCGAUCUUAAUGGAGAGAUGGAUUAUUGUAUAAGGUUCCAUCAACUUUAAUUGAGACAGGAGGCCGCCAUAUUGGUGAUAGCUACUUGUUCAUCACAGUACUCGUCUACCAAACAAUACGAUAAUGAGGGUUUCCUCGAUCGAGUUUUUCACUAGAUAACAGCACCGUGGCGAGAGGUCUAGCUGUCAUAAUCCCACCAAUCAUGUUCCAGGUUUUUUUUUGGUGGAUUUUGGCAGCAGCUGUCAAAAAGACCUCUCGUCACGGUGCUGCUAUCUUGUGAAAAUCUCAAUCGCGGAAACCCUCAUUGGCUUUAAAUAAAACUUUAAUUUAAACAAAAUGCAUAUUAUUACUAAUAAAACAGUCAGUUGAAACCUUAAGGUUUUGAUGUCAUGGCUAAACAAGUAUUUGUGAUGAGUAAGUAGACACUGCCUUCGGAUCUCAAGCUUACAUUAUUUGUACAUAUGUAAUUAAUAUCGUUUCCUUGCGACAUUGAGUGGCAAUCUAUUGUUGGCCAUGCGACUGAUAACUACUGAACCGAAACUUUAAGAAUAGGAAUAUCAAAAUACAAUGAGUUUAAAUUAAAACCAUGGAUAUUAAGUCUGUGAAAUCAGCUCAAUUUGGUACUAAGCUAAAUUAUUUUGUUAUAUCAGCGACGUAACAAAAUCACAUAUUUUAAUUAAAUAUAGGAUAUUUAAACUAGUUUGUCGUCGGUGCGUGUCUAUUUUUGACCAAUUCGAAUAACGGUGGUUUGGAAUCGCUAUUUCGAUAAUAAUUUUUCAUCAAACCAUAACCUUUGUUAUUUAGAGAAAUAGCAAAGUAAUAAAUCAUGCUUGUUUCCUUAAUACGUUGCUGGUUACAUUUAUGUUGAUUAUAGUUAAGUACCCAAAUUGUUUUUUAACCCUGCCUACUAAACUUGCCAACUCAAUGGCAACCACAGAACCGGAUAAUUUUAAAAGCAGCAACUAACUUAUCAAAUGUCGAUGAAUUUUGUAGUACGGUCAUUAUAUCCAAAAAACCGACCCUACCCGUGAAUAAUUAGUUCUUGGAUUUUUUUUUCGUAGGUCCCUCGGGGGGGUCACUGGGAGUGUAAAUUCAAAAAGUAGGCUGAAUCAGGCUCCUGCGUAUAUUCGAAAAAUGUUUUUUUCCAAAAAAAACGGUUUUUCUUCAAUAUCUCGGCCAUUUUUGAUUUUACAGUAAAACUGUAAGAACAAAAAUUGUAGGAAAUUUGAUUCUCUACAAGUUAGUCCAGUCAUUAUAUCCAAAAAACCGACCCCUCCCGUGAUUAAUCAGUUCUUGGAUUUUUUUUGUACGUCCCUCGGGGGAAUCACUGGGAGUGUAAAUUCAAAAAGUAGACUGAAUCAGGGUCCUGUGUAUAUUCGAAAAACGGUUUUUCUUGAAUAACUCGGUCAUUUUUGAUUUUACAGUAAAACCGUGAGAACAAAAAUUUUAGAAAAUUUGAUUCUCUACAAGUUUGGUCCUCACAAUUUUUCUUCUAGGAUCGAUAGUUUGGAAAUAAAAUUUGAAAAAAGCGACAAAUUCAAAAUAUUUUCAACAUCUCGUUUAUUUUGAACUUUACGACAUAAAUGAAGAGGACUAAACUUGUAGAGAAUCAAAUUCUGAACAGUUUUGGUUCCUACCUUUUUUCCCCCAAAAUCGAUAUUUUAGAAAUUAAACCUGAAAAACGCGACAAAUUCAAAAUAUUAUCAUUAUCUCCUAUGUUCCACGCUUUACGGCAUAAAUGAAGGGAAACAAAGUUGUAGAGAAUCAAAUUCUGAACAAUUUUUGUCCUCACGGUUUUACUGUAAAAUCAAAAAUGACCGGGUUAUUCAAGAAAAACCGUUUUUCGAAUAUACACAGGACCCUGAUUCAGUCUACUUUUUGAAUUUACACUCCCAGUGAUUCCCCCGAGGGACGUACAAAAAAAAAUCCAAGAACUGAUUAUUCACGGGAAGGGUCGGUUUUUUGGAUAUAAUGACUGGACUAACUUGUAGAGAAUCAAAUUUCCUACAAUUUUUGUCCUUACGGUUUUACUGUAAAAUCAAAAAUGGCCGAGUUAUUGAAGAAAAUUUUUCGAAUAUACGCAGGAGCCUGAUUCAGCCUACUUUUUGAAUUUACACUCCCAGUGACCCCCCCGAGGGACCUACGAAAAAAAAAUCCAAGAACUAAUUAUUCACGGGUCAAAAUCUAUAAUGACUGUACUAUUGGUGCUACUUGUGAAGAGAGGAAAUGAUGAAUGGGCCAAAACUUUUUGAAUUAUACGUUCAAAUAUGCGGUUUUUUUAUAUUAAACGUAUGUCAACAAUUAUGAUUUUGGUUACGGCAAUUCCAGUUAUCUCAUUAUUAAACUCUAAAGUAUUGUCAUGUGUGCGUCAGCCUAUUUUACAGGCUAGUUACUUCUAGGGUAUCUCACUCGUUACCUAGAUGAGUGUCCAUAAACUAGGUAGUUUACAAGCUUUUCGUGUUACCUGUUUCUACAUAGUCGAUUCUUGGUUACCUAGUUUUAUGAGUAAUGUAAAGUAAUUAAGCGAUGCUCAUUUUUACUUUUAUGUAGUUCUUCGGUGCAGGUACUGCAGGUCGCUGAGAAGCACGGGUAUGAUACUGAUAUACCUACUUAUUUAUUUUAAAGAGUCGUAAUCCUCAAAUGACUGUCAAAAAAACACAUCGCAGUUUGAUAUUGUUGCCAUAAACGUAGAUUGACUUAAGUGCCUUUUACUCGUACGAACUGGUGACGCUUCCUGAAACAAAAUAUACACUCAUUAUCGGUUGUUGAUGUUAAAUUUAAUAACAUCGCAAAUGUGUACUGCUUAUCAUUUUGUAUCUAUAAUUACCGCACCGUACAGUACCCAUAAAACAUGUACCGAGUUGGAUUGUGCGUUACACAAAUGCGUUACUUUACAGUAGGUAACGGAAAUGGUCAAGUAAGUCGGGGCGGGCUGUGGCCGCUCGCCGGACGGACCGCGCCCCCAGUGUGGACCGAGCAGGUCGCCAGGUGAAUGCCGAUUGAGUUGGAGUGUCUGCUAGUCUGUGAGCAUCACUGACAGGGAUGAUGUUUGCGCGAAUUAUGCAAGAUUUUUUUUAGGUGUCUUAUUGAUCUUCAGAUUUUAUUUGUAUUGAUCAAAUAAUGCGCCGUAUUAAAGUUUGUUUUAAUUGAGUAUGAUAGGAGAAUGUGUGAGGACUAGUGCCAUGCCAUGAAAGGUUCUGAAUUAGAAUCGAAGGCAUCGAGUCGAUGAAUACCACCCACUUUUCCUGCGCGAAAAUCGAUUAAAAUUAUUUUGUUACAUCAUUUUAUUUAAUUACUUUCUUUUGACUCUGAAUACUAUUCUGUAAACUGUUCUAUAGUAAAUAAAACAUUUAGAUGUUAACAA